CUCCCUCUAUCAGAAUCCGAAUAGCGGCUCCUAGAGCCAAACCACAUUUUACACAUUAAGGAACUGUUUCUGGUAAAGUGUUGCUGAUACUAACACAGGAUAAAUAUAGUUUUAAAAACCGAAUAAGUUUAAAUGGUCUUUCAAGAAAGCAAACGCCUUAAUUUGACCAAAGAGAAAUAAUUUCCUUAUGUUUUAUUUUAAAUACUGUGUUGAUGAUGAAGCUCUUUCUUUGAAUUAAGACGAGCACAACUGAGAUUAAAUCGACGGAGAACUCACUUGACAUGCACUUCACGGACCGCCACGGACUACUACAGUAACAUAAGCCUGGCCUGUGGAGAGCAAACCCACCCACCCACACGGGGUGAAAUCCACAUCCCCUCAAGGAGUGCAGUGAGGUCACAGGAGAAGAAAGCAGCAUUGUGCAGUCAAAGGGAUGGAGGACAGGAGGCACUUGCCUCCAGAUAGAGGUGGCAAUGCCAAGCGCUCCGCCUCAGCAGAGUGCAACACAGAGGAUAGAGUGGUCAGGAAGGAGCAGGGUGACCCUGAGACCUCGACACAAAUGCGUGUGAGAAAAGACGAUCUCUGUGUUGUCCCUCGCAAGGUGCCUCGUUUCCAGUAUGUGGAUUUCCCUUCUCUGCACCAGUGCAUCCAACAGCUUUCCGUGCCUCCGCUCAGCGGUUGGCUGGGAUCCUGCUCAUUGACAAAGGCACCAGACUAUAGGCCCACCAGUCCUAAGGAUAAGGUUCCCAAGUUUAAAUAUGUGGACUACCCAUCUCUCCACCACUGCAUUCAGCAGCUGUCCGUGCCACCUUUAGAAAGCUGGAGUGCAGGGCUGGUCAGGUUUAAUGCAGAGGGGAAACAGGACGAUUCUGGGACUGUGAAGAAUAACUUAAGGAAAGAGGCAGGAGAUCAAAACAUCGAGGACAGGAAUAGAGUAACAGCAAUUUCUUUCCCAAGAGACACACGCACCUCAGUCUCAGGUAAGGAGGAGAGGCCUCAACACGACUACACCUCAGAGGUGCCACAGAGGUUAGAGAAAGGUAACGCACCUCUAAGGUUCUGGGCUAAUAAACCAGAAGCUGCUUUACAAUCCGAUUGCAGAUCCAGGUCAGAAUCUGGUUCUGGAUCUGAUAGUGAUGCAGCAGUGGCGAGAAACGACAGACCAUCGGUUAUUAACAUGGUGUACACAGAUAAGCAGAAGCACUGGACAAAGGCAGAUCAGCUGGAAGAACAACUGACCUCUCCUGAUUCAGUCGGACGGGUAACGUGGAAUACCCUCCCAGAGUCAGUCUGCCCAUUCUGCCAACAGAUGUUCACAAACCCUGAGCAGUUCAGGGCUCAUCAGCGGAGCCAUAGAGAUAAGAGACCAAACUGAUCUGCAGAAGUACUGAGUGAGAACUGCUUUUGGUAAACAGUUAAUGCCACAUCAAAUGGAAUCGUAUCAUCAGAGGCCUUCUUGUGUUGUUACCGGCCGAAGUGGUAUCGCUGACGGGACUAGAGGGAGACGUUUGGGUUCAGACCUUAGGAAUUGGACUGAUGUCUAAAAAGACAACUGAAAAAAACGAAACAAACAAGCAUACAAUAUGCAUGCACAUACAGUACUCAGAGUAUCCAAUUCAUGUUUCAGAAUAGGUCAACAUUUACUGCCCUAUAUAAGGACCAUUAAAUAUAAUGGGGUUUCAGCUCAAGAUGGGAUUAGAACAAGAUUUGUGGUCUCUUCCACACAUAAAACAGCGUGUUUACAGGGGUGGGUGAAGCUCGAUGGACUGGUGCAUAGGAGGAUGAAUUGUAUUACAUAUAUGUGUUCCCCACACUGUGUGCAUAGUGGCAGGCUAAAUACUUAGCUUUGGGUGCCUACAAAAUAAUGACUAUUGUUAAUGCUGCACAAACAAACAGGCUUGUUAAUAUUGUUAAUAGCGUUUUAUUGUUUUGUAUUUUUUUAUGUUUUUGGAAAUUAAUGUCUAGUGGCUUCGAGCUAGUAGCUUUAAAUCUUAAAAAUUUGUCGCUUGUUUUCAAGUUUUUAAUUGUGUAAGUAAAGUUUUUUUCAUACAGAAAUAAAUGUUUGACUUUUCAGUACAGGCAUGCCCUCUGCAAGAAAACCUGUUUGACAGGUUACCUCUCAGGUUCUUAGAUGAAGUAUUUACGCUUUAUGUAAACAUAAGAGCUAAUCCAACAUCAACAUCUACAGACUUUCCAGAGCUCAGCUGUGCUGUGGGGUUUUCCGUAAACAAAUGGUGUUGCACAUUCAUUUUCACGCAAAAGAGAUCCACAGCACAGCACACCAAAUUUCGUUGAGGAUUUUAAAUUAAUCUCACUCAAACAGAUCUCAUGAAACGUCCUCGAAGAACCACAAAAAAGUGCGUGAAAAAUGAGGGUAUAAACCCAAACAAGGAAGAGCUGAGAAGCGUGAGAAAGACAGUUAUAAAGUGGAAUAGAAGAGGAAGGACAACAAUGGGAACUGGAAAUUCACAAGUGUGCGAUUUGACCGAUGAUCUCAGCGAGGAGGAAAGUAUUUUAAAGGCGCUUUCUCCUCCCUCUCAAACUCAGUCCAUAAUAAAUAACCAAUCCGUAAAGACUUCUGGAUCCCAGGAAGAUGGAAACAAUCUAGAUCCCACAAACAAAAGUUUAUGUGCACUUAAACCUGCAUAUAUAAAAGGUAGUGAUAAACUGCUUCAGUGCACUAGAUGCCCAACCACUCAGCUCCUCUGUGGCUCCUGCCUUUACCCCUGCACUUCUGCUGCCUGCACCAACAAGCUGUGCCCCCUCGUCUCCACACUGCUAACCUGUGAAGUGGUCUCAGAUCCAAAGAGCAAAGUGCUUGGUUGUCCAAUGUUCAGAGCCUGUCCCAAGUGCCAUAAUCUGAUUAUGCAUGAAGGAGGAUGCAAGUUUGUUACAUGCACAUCAUGCUUUCACAGGUUCUGUUUCAUCUGCUUGCAAGAUGAUUGUAGCAAGGAUAAUGCAAACUACUGGAAUCUACAUUGCACAAAGCCGAGAGCAGAAAGACAGAGAUUUAUGUCACCACAAACCUGAACAGAGAUCCCUCCCAGGGUUGAACACUAUUGUCUAAAAUAAAAAUGCAAGAUUUGUCAAUUGCAAUACAGAAGUAAUCAGUAACACAUUUCAUAAAAUGAUUCAAUAUAAAAAAGAAAUCUAACAUUGCAAUGAUCCCAUCUUUCUCCUGUGCUUUGAAUCUAUGCCUUACACCUGACUGACUUGGUGGACUUUGGUUUGCAGGAAUAACAACUCAACAACUUCAAAAACCUUUUACACUGAUUACACUGGCUGAUUUGUAUCCAUGUAAAACACAUUUUAAAAUGCUAGGCAUCGUACACUUACCAACUUUGUAAACAUGCGGUUUCCUAUGAAAUUUGUCAACCAAAUCUGGAGACUGGUUCUGAAUUUCUGCAACUAGCAUCCACUUCUGCAGACUGUAAAUCAGAGGGAAAUUGGGACAAAAGUCUUGUAGUAUAUUUCAGCCUUUCAAUUAUUACAUAAACUAAGCUCAUUUUUUUAUC